AUGGUCUCCAUCAAGCAUCAGCCACUACCAAUCUCUCCACCAUCCACGCCUCCGGGCACGCCAACACCGGCGAACCCCCGCUGCCCACUAUGUGGGGCUGGCAAUCCUCAUCUGACGAAAUACAUUACGAGGACGAGCAAUCGUAACGCCAACGCUGGCCGCCCAUACUUACGAUGCGACCCUUGCAACCGAUUCGUCACCUUCACCGACAAGCGAGGUGUUCACGAAGUGAACCCGCACUGCCAAUGCGAUAAGCCGAGUCGCAUCCAAGUUGCCAGCAAGCAUAAGGGUAGAGGCCUUCACUUCGUCUGCAGUACCGGGGUAUGCAAGUUCUACGAGGAAGCCAAAGACGAAGCCGGGAAAAUCAGUCUGAUGGAUGAGCAGAUGGUGAAGCAGCUAGCAAGCCUGAAAUUGAUCUGA